AAUCUAAACACCAUAUACAUCUACAUCUUAGAAGCGCUUUUAAUUAAUGAAAAUCACCCGAAUUGUGAAAAUUUCAUAUAAAUGCAACUCUAGUCUACUGGCUUGCUUAAAGCGUAGUCAAUCUUAUUCAGCAAAACAACAUGGUGGUUUAUGUAUCAGCCGAAUGUCAAUGAAUGGGAGAAAAGCAAAAAAAAAAAACGCAAGAUAGAAAAAAGUUGUAAACUAAGGAAUUUUUAUGUAAAUAAGUUCGUUAUAACAAAUAGUAAUAAAAACUAUAAGAAUGUCUAUUGGUGUACCGAUCAAAGUUUUACACGAGGCCGAAGGCCACAUUAUUACAUGUGAAACAAUAACCGGUGAAGUGUAUAGAGGUAAACUGAUCGAAGCUGAGGAUAACAUGAACUGCCAGAUGACACAAAUUACGGUGACUUAUCGUGAUGGCCGUACAGCCAAUUUAGAAAAUGUGUAUAUAAGAGGCUCAAAAAUACGCUUCCUUAUACUGCCAGAUAUGUUGAAAAAUGCUCCUAUGUUUAAAAAGCAAACAGGCAAGGGCCUAGGUGGUGCCGCUGGCAGAGGCAAAGCUGCCAUAUUAAGAGCGCAAGCUCGCGGACGUGGUCGAGGUGGUCCGACUAGUGGUGGCCGCGGUGUCCUUCCCGGGGCUCCAAGCGGUGGCCGUGGGGCUUGGCAGGGUGGUCCUACAGGUGGACGUGGUCGUGGUGGUUUAUAAAAAAAAGUCUUAUCAAUUGUAGGUCGGAGUACUUUUCUAUCUUCUUUCCAAGAUUUGAAAGUAAUUUAAAUUUAUUUUCCUUCUGAAUUAUUUCAAUAAACGAAUAUGACGAAAAUUAUAAAAGCAUUGUUUAUUAAGUUUGAAAUAUGUAAAACCCUUCACCGUGUGCUUAUAAAUACGGACAAUAUAACAUUGAGAUGUUAGAUCGUCGCUUAUCGAAUACUAUACAAAGAGAGCAAUUCCAUGACAGUUGUAUGAUGUAGUGGAACAGGUUUUAACCAGACUGUCGACAGAUAGCUCUCUUUAUUUGGUUACUCGAGUUUGGUAAAGCAUAAAAGCCUUGUAAAAACCUGUUGAUUAAUGUGACGGUUGGAAUAAACAACGGGACAAGCUGUUAAACAAGCAAACACAGACUAUCCAAUAGUUAGAAAAAGAGAUGUUCACAAUUAGUUAGUUUACGAAUGAAGAACAAAAAGUUUACGUGACGAUAAUCGAAUAUCAUACAAAGAGAGCAAUUCCAUGACAGUAUUAAUAUAUCUGAACUGGACUGUCGACGGACAGCUCUCUUUAUUUACUUAUUCGCUAGGCAUAUACUAGAAUUAUUUAUAAGCAAACAAUCAAAUAAGUGUAUAUAUACAAUUCAAAUAUUCUCAUUU